CAUCGUGUACUUAAAAUUCUACUACAUUAUAAACUCGUUAAGUAUGUUUAGCGUUCUAUACCGUAGCACAAAUAACGUACAAACGUAAACAUGCCCUAGUUGCGUGACGAUCAUUUUUCUAUCAUGUUUAUUGAUUUACGGAUGUUGUAAACACGUGCUUUUUCAUUGUGUAAUUGCUAAUCAAAGAUGACAUAUACUAUGGAAUUAUCAAUCAAUAUUAAUUUAUAGAUAUGUAUUUAGUUUAGAGUGGUUAUAUAACGAGAAAGGUUUACAGUUAGUAAUGACAGUGACUAGCCAGGAGGACAGUGAUAAAGAACGUUUCUAUGAUAUUCCGAGUCAAGAUACAUCACUGAAUACCGAGCAUGACGAGCAUGACGUGUUCAGUGAAAGAAGUUCAUUACUAGAGCGGGGUCGGCAGACGACACGAACGCCAUCCAUUUAUAGGUCAAGGUCAUUAUCGAUUUCGUCAUCUCGGAUUGAUUCAGAGAGUUCUACCUUAUCAAUAUGGACGUUGACUCGAACACAGAAGAUUGUCUUAGCAACAACAUCCAUCGUGGACUUGCUUUCUUUCCUCAGCAUGUCUAUAAUGGCUCCAUUUUUCCCGGAAGAGGCUUUAAAGAAAGAUGUGAGUGAUACAUUAUCCGGGUGGAUAUUUGGAACAUCACCAUUUGUUCAGUUCCUUGCAUCUCCUUUUAUAGGCAAGUUGAUGCCCCACGCUGGUGUAAAGUUUAUGUCUAUAGCAGGGAUGUUCAUAUUCAGUGGAUGUACCAUAUUAUUUGGUUUAUUAGCUUAUGUACCGUCUGACAAUGGUAACGGUGUAUUUAUAGCUCUCUCCUUCACGUUACAAGUUGUACGGUCUAUUGGUAUCACUAGUGCCAGUACUGGGUCGUUUGUUCUCUGUGUACAACACUUUCCAGAUAAUAUUUCAUCAGUAUUCGGUUUUGGCGAGAUUUUUGUUGGUUUAGGGUUAGUAGCUGGGCCUGCAGUCGGAGGUUUACUGUAUGGGGUUGAUGGUUUUUACCUUCCAUUUGUAUCUAUAGGUGUAUUAGCAAUGCUUUGUGUACCUUUUAUGAUCGCAUUUAUUCCUUCAGAUGAUCAAGCACCAGCAAGCGAUUCUGAGACGGAUAAUGAAAAGGUGCCAUUCACUAAAAUAUUCUGCUCUCCAAACGGAAUACUUACUGUUUUCACAAUCGUCGCCAGCACUUUCAUGUGGUCUAUACUUGACCCUACACUUGAACCUCAUUUAAGGAAGUUUAAUCUUAGACCAGAGCUAGUCGGCGUUAUAUUUCUUGUAAUGGCAGCAGCUUACGCCGUGACAGCCCCUCUAUGGGGUUGGAUUUCCGAUAAAUUGGACGAUCAGAGACUAUUACUGAUGGUGGGAUUUUUAUUUGCCUGUCUCGGUUCUUUAUUAAUAGGUCCUUCUCCACUUAUUGGGCUUGAUGAAGAUUAUUAUCAGUUAUGGUUGGUGGUGCUUGCUCUGGUGGUUCUUGGCGCGUCUGCAAGUUUGUCGUCUGUUCCUACAUUCGAUAUGUUCUUUAUGCUAGCAGAGAACGCCGGGUGUGAGAACGGCACAGCAACUUACUGUAUGGUGUCGGCUUUCUGGAUGUCAAUGUACUCGCUUGGUGAUUUCCUUGGUCCGUCUGCAGGUGGAUUUUUGUUGGACUAUGUGGGUUUUAAUUUGAUGACUACUUAUUCAGCUGGUUUAUGUUUAUUUAUGGCUUGUUUGUUGGUAUUAAGCUGGCUAUGUGAUCUAAAAGCUAUAAAGAAAUGUCGACAGAAGCCUACAGAUGUCAAGGUAUAUCAAGCAUACGAUACCUUUACCUCAAACGACUGCUAUACGUCAUCAAUGGUCGAAUAACGUCAUCAGUGGUUGAAAAUCGUCAUCAAUGGUCGAAUGUCAUCAAUGGUUGAAUAACGUCACCAAGGGUAGAGAUAACGCCAUCAAUAGUUGAAGAUCGUCAUCAAUCUUUGAAUAACGAUAUCAAUGGUUGAAUAACGUCAUCAAUAGUCGAAUAACGAUAUCAAUGGUUAAAUAACGUCAUCAAUGGUCGAAUAUCGUCAUCAAUGGUCGAAUAACGUCAUCAUUGGUUGAAUAACGUCAUCCAUUGAUGCAUUAAGCCAGUAACUGUGAUGCGGACAUACUCAACCAGACAUUGAUAACAAUGUUUGAUAGAAGAGAUAACAUUUCCACUUCAAAAGCCGCAACUGAUCCAGUGAUAAGGCAGAAGUACGGGGUUGUGAUUUUGGAUAAAUGGUGUACACUUUCAGUGUAUGAGGUGCAUGGAAAUUGUAUGAAGAUUUACCAGUGUAAAGAUUACAAACAAGAACUACAUUCCCUCAUGAAAUUGAAGAGUAUGUCUUGGUUCUUACCAUGAAAGUAAAUUGUGAUAUAUGGACUUGUCCAUGACUUAAGUAGCUAAAGAUUUGACAGUCUUCCAUGACAAAAUUAUUUUAUUAAUAUUCCAAGUAUUUAUCAAGAUCUAUAUCUUGGUUUGUGAUGAGCCCUUCCCAAGCAAUAUGGAUCACCUUGGGUUACAAGAUAAGUGCAAUAAAAAUAUUUUUUUAA